CUGAGAGGAGCUCGGAGAAGACGGCGAAAUAAAAGAGAAAACAUCAUCAAUCAAAAAAGGAUACCAGUGCCAGAUGAGUCAGGCAAGCACAGCCCAUUGUCUGACACCAUCCUGAGUGACAUCUCCUUUAGCCACCUUGUCCCCGCCCCUCUCCCCGCCCUCUCGGACCCAGUCUCCACAAUGUCCCACCUGCCAAGCAGCUCAGUCCGAGACCAUAUGAAAUGGGCGGGGCUACUCGGUUGUGAGGCAGUCCUCUCCAGCAUGGCGUUGAUGCAAGCCAGCUCCAUGGCUGCCCCAAAGAAAAUGAUGCCGCCAUUGGGUCCCACACCUGGCCAUGGGUCGAGUCAGAGAGAUAUGCCAGACCGAGGUCCCCAGGGUCAUAUGGUCCUGCCAACUGGCAUGAGCUGCCCUCCACUGCUUCUCCGGAAGGACAGCGAUUUCCCUGCUCCCCGCCUGCUGGAUGAGAAGGAAAUGAGAGCCAACGAGGACAUGCAGCUGAAAAAGAAGAACAGGAAGUCAGGAACACCCUGCAAAGUCAGAGAGCAGGAGGGGAGAGGAGGGAAGGGGGCUGUGGGAGAUGAGAACGGGAACUGUCCACUGUCCAAAGUGCAGAAGAAUUUCAUCUGUGAUCAUUGUUAUGGGGCAUUCAGGAGCGGUUAUCACCUGAAAAGGCAUAUCCUCAUCCAUACUGGGGAGAAGCCAUUUGCGUGUACCAUAUGUGAUAUGAGAUUCAUCCAGCGUUACCACUUGGAGAGACACAGUCUCACACAUACAGGGGUGAAGCCAUAUGCUUGUUCGAUGUGUGACAUGCGGUUUUUUCAACGUUACCACUUGGAGAGACACAGACUCACUCAUACUGGGGUGAAACCGUAUGCUUGCACUAUGUGUGACAUGCGAUUUUUCCAACGUUACCACCUUCAGAGACACAGCCUCAUUCAUACGGGGGUGAAGCCCUAUGCUUGUUCCAUGUGUGACAGGCGUUUUUUCCAACGCUACCACCUGCAGAGACACAGCCUCACGCAUACGGGGGUGAAGCCAUACGCUUGUACCAUGUGUGACAUGAGGUUUUUUCAGCGUUACCAUCUGCAGAGACACACCCUAACCCAUACGGGGGUGAAGCCGUAUGCUUGCACCAUGUGUGACAUGCGGUUUUUUCAACGUUGCCACCUGCAAAGACACAGUCUCACCCAUACGGGAGUGAAGCCGUAUGCUUGUUCCAUGUGUGAUAUGAGAUUUUUUCAACGCUACCACCUGCAGAGACACAGCAUCACCCAUACGGGGGUGAAGCCUUACGCUUGUUCCAUGUGUGACAUGCGUUUUUUCCACCGUUACCACCUGCAGAGACACAGCCUCACACAUACGGGGGUGAAGCCCUACGCUUGCUCCAUAUGUGACAUGCGUUUCUUUCAACGCUACCACCUGCAGAGACACAGCCUCACCCACACGGGAGUGAAGCCGUAUGCUUGUUCCAUGUGUGAUAUGAGGUUUUUUCAACGUUACCACCUGCAGAGACACAGCCUCACUCAUACUGGAGUGAAGCCAUAUGCUUGUUCGAUGUGCGACAUGCGGUUUUUCCAACGUUACCACUUGGAGAGACACAGCCUCACUCAUACUGGAGAGAAGCCGUUUGCAUGUGAUAUGUGUGACAUGCGCUUCAUCCAGAGGUACCACUUAGAAAGGCACAAGCGUGUUCACAGCGGAGAGAAGCCUUAUCAGUGUGAACGCUGCCAGCAGAACUUUUCACGGACAGACAGGCUGCUGAGGCAUCGGAGGCUGUGCCAGGGACGUGGUGUCGCUAAAGUGGAGGCACAGCCCUGUUGUGAGCCCCGCUCCUACCCACAGGAGCCGCCACCUCCACCUCCAGCAACCUGGAGUCCCCUCCACCCUCCCCCUGGCCGAUUAGCAGUCUGACAUUCCCCACUAAGCCCUCAGUGUAAAGCCCUAACAAACCCUGCCCUGUGGCCCCAGUCACUGCCGAAUAGCAAAUGGCACUAACUGAUGGCCGAGACUGAUGAUAAUGCAGUGAAGGAAAGGGAGAAACUAUUCUCUUUAUGUUUUUGUGUUGCUUUUUUUCUUUUUGUUUGAUUUUGUUUUUAAAUGUUGCUUACAUAUUGUUUGGAAUAUUUCCUUUAACUCCAGGGGAAGGAUUUUAUACUCGAUAUGAUUUAUUCCACCUGUUUUGUCAUUGUUUUGUUUUUGGUUUUUUUUUUUUUUUCCUUUUUGGUACUUUUAAAGGAGGGGAACAAAAACAUGCUGUUAAUUUGUGCACCACGAUGAGGGAUAUAUGCUUGAAAAACUAUGAAAAGAUUUCAGAACAAGUGACUAGAUAUUGGUACAGUUUUCAGAUCACUACGAUAAUUAAUUGGGCCUUUUUUUCGCAACAGAAUAAGCUGUUAAAACGACAAUGUUUAUUUUCAGUUACAUGUCAGAGCAUCAACAUUUUUGACUCCUGUUAUAGGCUGAUGAUCCAGGAGGCAAUCCAUAAACACAACAUUCACACGGUUCACUGAAAAUGACUCAGCUCCUGUUACUCUAUUAGUGUAGGUGGGUAUAGCACAAUCGUCACACCCACUUCAGUUAUAGAAACUGUGUGUGUUGUCAUUUCUCACGUGUCAUGAUCAAAGUAAGACAAGUAAUCACCUCGUCAUAAAGGAGGGGGUUCUGGGUUUCUGGGUUGUUGAAUUGUAUUGUGGGUAACUGUUCAUUUUUACCGCGUAGUUGAGAUAAAAAGUCAUCCUUCUUUCUUCUAUCAGGUUUGUUCUUAAACUUUCGGAAAUGGCCCAGUUUAGUUCAGUCAGUCAUGCCCAUCGGAAAUGACCCUAAGAGAAAAUACACAGAGGUGUUCUGUGUUUAUGACAGCGUUAUUAGCCUGAAAGUGCAGUAUGCAUUAACUGUACGAGCCACAUGGAAAGGACACAAGAUGCUUCCAUAAGUUCAUCAUGGAUAUGUACAGAUUAGCAUGGAUGUAAUAAAAAAAAAAAGGAAAAAAAAAAGCGAAUCUUGUGGCCUUAGGGUGUGCACAUGUAUUUUAUUUUGUACAUGAUUUUGGAUUUUUAUCAUGCAAUAAUGAUGUAAUUAUUAUUUGACAGACAUGUUGAGAGAAAAUCACUGCCUUUUCAAAUUGACAGCAUUUUUUUU